UUCGAUGAACACUAAUAUCGAUGAUUGCGCACCUCUAAUUUACACAUUACGCAAAAGAUAGAUUUAUUUUUGUUUUUAUUAGAAAAAUGUCGCUGUUCAGCGCCUUUGCCAGAUUAGGAUUACAGAGAGGUGGCGCAGCCGGCACAGCCGUGGCGGCACGUUGCCUGCAUACAACACCUGUGCUGUGUGCCGAACCGCUGAAGAAAAAGAAGAAGCUGGACCCGCAGGUUGUCAAGCAGAGGGAGGAUCGCAGGAAAAAGAAGAUUGAGAAGCAGAUUCGCCGGCUCGAGAAGAAUGCGCGCCAGCUGAAGCCGGUGGAGGAGCUGGAGGUGCCACUGGAGCUCAUCGACGAAAAGAGCAAACGGCAGCGAAAAUUGACGCCCCUGGGCAGCGCAGAAGUGGAGGAGCGCGCCCUGCUGAAGAAGGAAUGGGCCCGCUACAAGCACGACGAGAGGGUGGCCGACUUCCAAAUCAUUGACCGCCUGGUGCAGUCGCAGAACAAGGCCCUGGAAGAGCUCCGCCGCGAGUCCGAGGAGCUGUAUCAGGCAGCCAUCGAAGUUGACCUGCAGCUGCUGCCUGUAUCGCUCAAGGGCCCCGUUGCCACCCCAGCCAUCAAGAACUACGCGAGCCCUGAUGGCGACUACAUACACCAGUCUAUGAAGUGGGAAUGAGUCCCAUUCCGUCCCGGCAUGGCUGGGUGCUGUGCAUAUUAGGGUGUUAGGUCAAAGAUUGUUGCUUACAUCAGAAAUACAAAGAAUAGUUAAUUAA